GGCAACUGGUGUGACAUUAGAUGAAGGGGUUGGGUCACAGUUACUACUAAAUGAGCCAACUCUUCUUAACUUUCACGUUCACCGCUUCCAUCGGCUACAAGUGUGAAGGCACUGAGUAAGUUUCUGCUGUCGGCCACCAUGAGUUGGCUGUUGCAGCACAUCUUAGUUUCCUUCUGAUCACUUUAUUUGCGCGGUUUUACUUAUUUUUGAAAAACAAAAGGGUCCGGGUGUAACUUUGCACCCAAUAAUAAACACAGACGUCCGAAGAGCGAGCAUGGAGCUGCGGUUUGGAUAACAUCCAGUCAACAUGUAUUGGUUUGCAUCUGAGGCGCAGGGCCUCCUUUGGGAGUUGCUCUUGAUGGGGGUUGUGUUAGAUGCUGCGUGCCCUCCUAACUGUAAGUGCGGACAAUUUGAAGUGAAUUGCAGCAAUGCAGGGCUGACCACCUUCCCAAUAUCCCUCCCACUGAACACCAGGCGCCUCGACCUGAACACCAACAGCAUCGAAGAGAUCAAUUCUCUGGAACUCAACCUGCUCGGCGACUUGGUCUAUCUGGAUUGCAGCCAUAACAGAAUAAUAGAGAUUUCGAGGCUGCAUUUCAUCGGCAUGGCGAAGCUGGUAUAUCUGGACCUCAGUUACAACAGCAUUAGAACUAUCAGCUGGACGGUUUUCGGGCCGUUGACUAAUUUGAUCAUCUUGAGGCUCAACAACAACCCGAACCUGAGCGAAAUCGACUCCGGAGCCUUUUCGACUAAUGCGGGGCUUCGAGAGAUCAAUCUCAGCUACAACGGCUUGUUAUAUUUGAACACGACCUCGUUAAAGAACCUGGAAGGGCUGAAGGCCGUAUAUUUGGCUGGUAACCCCUGGGAAUGUCAGUGCACAAUUGGCCACCUCAGUGAGUGGAUGUUUGAAAACAAUGAAACUUUUCCAGAUGAAGAUAACACUUUAUGCACUUUGCCAAAAUCAAUGGCUGGAAUUCCUGUCUCCAUGGCUUUAAUCAAGAUAUUCGAUAUUUGUCGCACACCUCUGGGUUACUUCGAAUAUUUAUUUUUCGUAAUAGUUGGUUUUGCAAUAUUUAUCAGUGGUAUCAUUGUUGCCUUGCUUACAGGUACAUUGAUGGUCUUCUUUGAACGUCAAAAAAUGUUUAAAGAAGAUGAUGGAGAAGACAUUAAACAAUAUAGGUCAUAUAAGACGACUGUAAGGCUUACCAACAUCAACUUAUGAUAGGGAACCUUACAGAAGUAUCAUGCUACCACAAGAUGUGUGCUAAUCACCAAGGUCAUCUGUGGGUGUCUCUAUUAUAGUUACAUGCCAUUGGAUCAAUGCAGUGAUAUAUUGUGGAAAACUGGAGUGCAUCACUCUCUUAAAUUAUCAUGGUUCUUGUUACUUUACACUUCCUUUGCUGUUUAUGUAUUGUCAGAAGUAUAAAUUUAUUUUGUAAACUAU